CAUCAUUUGAUCACAUGAUCAUACAUUAUUAAAUGGUUAAAAAUAGUAGCCAACAAACUGGUUUGUUUGCAGUCUUUAAGGUUAGUUAACUGUGUUAGGGGAGGAAAUUACUGACAGAAAGCUCACUGAACAAUUCUCUCUCUCACACACAGACACAAACAAUCAAAAAUUACAUUAUAGUAGCCCCCUUUAUACAUAUGGUUAGGUAUGGUCACAAUCAUCUUGCUGCAGCGCCUCUGCAAAUGUCGCAUUUGUCACUUUAUUAAUCCCCAACAACAGCAAAACUAAGUAAAGGUCUCAUAAAUCACCACUUGAUGUGAAUUCUCUAAGGUAGAGCAGUCAGCUCUUUUCCUACAGGCAGUUUCUAAUAAUUCCCGGAACACGGAGAGCGUCGGUCUCACUCAGCAGAACGCUGGAUGAACACAGCGGUGCCGCAAUCAGCGAAAUCCCGCAUUCACCAUUCACAUCCACACCGCGUCUGCUGCCUCACACAAACUAUAGGCUCAAGCUAUAUGCUUUUGUCUAGACGACACCUGACAGCAUACGUUGACGCUUUCACUUAUCGUUUUACGAAUCGCUCGAAAAAGGUUUGAUCAUCUUUAAGCUCCAAAACAUCGUUUGGUUAUAAACCGAGCGUUCGCACGAUGGUUCUGCUGCAUCGCCGCCGGAGAAAAGAAGCACUGGUUUGGCUGUUGCCCGGUCUGCUUGGAGUCUGCAUGGCAUUUGGCCCAAGCAAAGCGGAGGAGGAAGAUUAUGAGGAUGUCCCCAUAAAUAAAACAUGGGUUUUAUCACCAAAGGUCUACGAGAGCGACGUCACCCUUAUCCUAAACAAAUUACUGCAAGGUUAUGACAACAAACUGAGACCAGAUAUCGGAGUGAGACCGACAGUGAUUGAGACGGCAGUGUACGUGAACAGCAUAGGCCCGGUAGAUCCCAUCAAUAUGGAGUACACCAUCGACAUCUUCUUUGCUCAGACGUGGUACGACAGCAGACUGAAAUUCAACAGCUCAAUGAAACUCCUCAUGCUCAACAGCAACAUGGUGGGAAAAAUCUGGAUCCCUGACACGUUUUUCCGUAACUCUCGUAAAUCUGACGCGCACUGGAUCACGACACCGAAUCGCCUUCUGCGGCUCUGGAGCAACGGAAGAGUAAUGUAUACUCUAAGGUUGACUAUUAAUGCGGAAUGCUACCUUAAGCUGCAUAACUUUCCCAUGGAUGAACAUUCGUGCCCUCUGGAGUUUUCAAGCUAUGGGUAUCCAAAGAAUGAGAUCCAGUAUAGAUGGCAGCGUCGUUCGGUUGAAGUUGCAGACCAGCGGUACUGGAGGCUUUACCAAUUUGCCUUUGUGGGCCUACGCAACACUUCUGAUGUGGCAAACACUCAGUCUGGAGAAUACGUGGUUAUGACUAUUUUCUUUGACCUGAGCCGGAGAAUGGGCUACUUCACCAUCCAGACCUACAUCCCCUGCAGUAUGAUUGUGGUUUUGUCCUGGGUCUCUUUCUGGAUUAACAAGGAUGCUGUACCUGCUAGAACAUCUUUAGGAAUCACCACUGUGCUCACCAUGACAACCCUAAGCACCAUAUCGAGGAAGUCCUUGCCGAAGGUGUCGUACGUGACAGCCAUGGAUCUAUUCGUGUCUGUCUGCUUCAUCUUCACCUUUGCAGCUCUUAUGGAAUAUGGGACUCUACAUUAUUUCACAAGCAAUCGACAGAACAAGAAGACCAAAUCAAGCAAUGCACAGAAACCAAGCAUGGUUAACAUCAGACCUGGGACGUCUCUGCUGCAGAUGAACAAUAUUGCUCCCUACCAUGAGGAUGACGAUUAUGCGUAUGAAUGUCUGGACGGGAAAGACUGCGCCAGUUUCUUCUGCUGCUUUGAUGAUUGUCGCUCCGGAGCUUGGCGUGAGAACAGAAUGCAUGUCCAUGUCUCCAAAAUCGACUCCUAUUCCAGAAUAUUCUUCCCAACAGCCUUUGGUCUCUUCAAUCUUGUCUACUGGAUUGGAUAUCUGUAUCUUUAAAGAUGCUUGGCAAGUGGGAGAGGGACUCUAGUAAUAUUCGCAAAUCAUCUGUAAAUUCUCCAUCUGCUAAAUCUGGCAGCAUAAAUCUUUGAGAGAAGGGGACGUGUGAGGCUUGAGUUGGAUGUAUUAAUACUUAAUGUGUCUUUAAUUGUACAUGAGAUGUGAUUUAUUGCAGGAUUUGAAUCUUUGAAGGACAAUGCAUUAAUGCCAACUGAAUAUCUCAGUUUUUGAGAAGGAAAUGCUAAUAGUUUGAUUGUUCAUCAGCUACGCAGGCCAUAUCAAACAGAUCUCAUCUACGUUGCCUAGUUUAAGAUGAUCUCUUGAAUAUCCACCCAAAUAUCUGCAGAUUUUUUUGAACUGCGAUAUUAGCAUCACUAAUGCAACUAUGUUAACUUCAGGUUAUUAUCUCUCUGGCUGAAGCAUAAUAUGAUUAUUUGCAAUGAAAAGUAGAUGAUAUUAGUCGCUUCGGAUACUAAUUCAUAGCUAGCUAUGUGUCAGAAAACUAAUAUUUACAUAUGGUAAUCUCUCUGUUUUUAUUUCAAACUUAAAGUAGCUGCAUUUCUGUGUGAAUUACCUGCAUUCAUUUGAGUACUAAACAAACCAAAGCAUAGAUACCUGAAGGUUACAUGAAUAGAAUUUUGUUUUCUGCUCAAGAAUUACCCAGAAGCCAUUUAUCUGGAAUUAGCCUAUAAUUAUACUGUGAAAUGUUCUUGACUUGAACUAAUAAGCUCUCUGCAAUAGAUGAAACAAAGAAAUGCCAAUGUGCCCAAGAUAAAAGGGUUCAUGUGUAUUUUAUAUAUAUCGAACAAAAGGAACAGAGCAGCCUUUACAAUGCACAAAUGUUCAGUGUCCUUUAGUAUAAAUUAGAAUUCAUCACUCUCUCGCACAUUCAAGACAUCUUGCGAAUGGCUAGAUUUCUGUGAGUGUAAUUGCAUGACUCAUCUGAGCUCCUACGGCUAAUCAACCCAUAUUUGGAAACCGGUCUGAUGGACUUUCUUCAGCAGAAGAGCUCUAGACAGACCUGUCACAUAGAGUAUCAAAUCUAAAGCAUUUAAAAACGUACAGUCUUCAUAACACAAACCACGGAUGCCUUCUAUAUUGGUAAUAGUCUAAAUCAAGUGGCCAUUUAUUAUGGAUUUGUCUUACAUUAGGUUUAAUCUGAACUCAGAGAAGGGUUGUGAGAAGUACCGACUUUAGUACUAUGUUGGUACAGAAAUGUUAAAAAUGUGACGAUACCAGCAUUUCCCCCUAGCAUUUUGAGCGCUGAUGAGUGGAUUCUUAAAGAAGAGUGCGAAGAGCAUCAAAGAUGUCUAUUUACUAGUCGACAAAGGGCUCGUUCACACAGAACGCGUCUUUGCGUCUAAAAACAUGAGAUGCAAUGCUCAGGAAUUAUUUUUAAAAAAGCGCAGCGCAGAACGUGAGGGUCUCGAGAUGUGCUUUUGAGACGUGAUGCAAUAACAAACAAAUAAAACAGAUACUGUAAACAAAAGCUCCCAACGCUUGCCCCGCCUACGAGUUCUUCUGAUUGGUCCACUGUUUUGGAACUGACAGUGAUGAGCGGCGCUGCACGUAAAAGUUAAAAUUCUUUUAAAGGUGCCAUCGAACGUUUUUUUACAAGAUGUAAUAUAAGUCUAAGGUGUCCCCUGAAUGUGUCUGUGAAGUUGCAGCUCGAAAUACUCCAUAUAUAUAUUUUUUAAUUAAUUUUUUUA